CUGUCAACUGACAGUUUGAAUUUUGAUGACGGAAAGAAAAAGGUUAUAAACAGAAAAAUAGGAAAUAAGUUGAAUAAGAUUUGUUUAUUAUUAAUAAUAAAGAAAUAUCGCACAGGUUUUUAGCUCUAGUUGUAUAGUGUAAUAUUGGAAUCUUAGAUUUCUUUUUGCGAAGUCUAUUAAAACUCGAGAGAAGCAACGUGUCCUAGGUUAGGCCGUUAGCGAAUCAUGUUAAUACAGUACUUUAAAUAACAUGACUGAAAGGAAAAUGUGCAAAUUCUACAAUUUGAACGUGCCUGAUCGUCGAUCCGGGGAAGGAGGGCAGGGAGGCCAGGUACAGAACCAUGGCAACAAUGAAGACGAGGAGCGCAUAUCAGACGAGAAUGCGCCUCCUCCUGUACCACCACACGAGCACAAACUGGAGUAUAGUUACUGGAUGUGGUUCUCGCGGCGGCCGCCGGCCCGCGAGCUGUCCGCCUCCACCACCGGCUACGGCCAGGCGUUACGUCUGGUGGGUCGGGUGGCGAGCGUGGAGCAGUGGUGGGGGCUGUACACGCACCUGGCGCGGCCGGCGGACCUGCCGCCGCUGUCCGACUUGCACUUGUUCAAACUCGGCAUCAAACCUAUGUGGGAGGACCCCGCAAACGUCAACGGCGGCAAGUGGGUGGUACGAUUGCGUAAGGCGCAGACGGGGCGUGCGUGGGAAGACCUAUGCAUGGCGAUGUUGGGCGAGCAGUUCAUGGUCGGCCCCGAGCUGUGCGGCGUCGUCCUCUCUGUGCGCUUUCAGGAGGACCACCUAGCGGUGUGGCACCGGACGGCGGCGGACACGGCGGCGGCGGCGCGCGUGCGCGAUGCGCUGCGCCGCAUCCUGCAGCUGCCGGCCGCCGCCAACAUCGAGUACAAGGCGCACGGCGACUGUCUGCGCGCCUCCGCUCCGCAGCCCGACGCCGAGCCCAACUGCCGCCCGGACGCACGAAGGUAUCAGGUCCACACAGCACCCGACUGCCUGACAAUUUCGAACCAGUAGCCCGUAAUCUCAAAUCUCGACACCAAGCCUUAAACAACUCCGCAGACCACAGAGGUGCCCACAGCCAUAAUACACCCGUGGUAGCUAUUAUUUUCCCAAAUUGGACUUUAAGACAUGGUGAUAAGGUUUAACAACCAUUUUGUAAUGCACAUAUGAAAGUUUGUCGUGCGGAUGACUGUAUCAUUUUAAAGUUGGCUUUAUAGUACUAAACGACUUUGCAAAGAAUGACAAAAAAUAUAAUUGUUGAUAAUACGAUUAUAUCUCGAUAUAUUGAUCAGAUUAGGUUUUAGAAUUUCAUUAUUAUCGCUAUUAAUGUUAUUCAGUACGAGUGGAAUAAAGGCCUGUGCAUACCGAAUGCGUACUAAGUACGUCGCUGCAUACGCGUUCCGUGCGCACGGACUUUUAAGUCUGCUUUUUGCAAAUGAAAGCCUCUUUAUAAUGUUAGAUGGUUUUUUGUUCAAUUCAAAAAUUGCCUUAAAAUCCACAAUAUAAUUGAAAUUAAGAUUAUUAUAACUAAUUAUGUUCUAAAACAAUAUUGCAAAGGUAAGCAUUACUUACUUUUUACUUACCAAUUAACAUUAUCGCAUGUUAAAUAAAUUGUUAUUGGCUUUAUUACAAUUUGUAAACAAGCACAUUAUAUACUCAACAUACUCUGUGUUUUCAGAAACAUAAGAAAAUUUCUCGAAAUCUGUCAUAGGUAGCCCAAGUAUCGUUACUUAUGGCGUGCGCACGCGUCGGUUUCUAACAUUUUAAUUCGUGAAUCUUGCGCCCGACAGAAAUAGACUUGCUGAACUUGGUAAAUUGUCCAUUCUCUUUCGCACGUAAUAUUUGUGACAGAGACACAGAUACCCGUCCGAUGAUUACAGCGCACGCCAAUAAGUGAUGUAACUUUAAAUAAUGUUCCUAAAAGCAAUAAAUAUAAAAGUUAGUAAAUCACUCACAUGUAUCGUCAAAAAUAUACUUUUGUUUCGACCUCCUUCAAAAGAGUGAGAUUUGAUAUUUGUUGAUUGUAUUUUAUAAAGUAUUACGAAAUGAACAUGUUUCGACCUGUCUUAAAAUGUUUGUGAUCUUCCAUUGCAAGCUAGUUAAGCCGGUAGAGAUGAAUUUUCACAGGCAAGAAAUAUAUUGAGAUGACAUUUGUCCUGAUUUGAACUAAAAGCUGACAUAAUAACACAUUUAAAAAGUAACCUAAUUCUAUAGUAGUAAAUAAUAAAUUCCAAUGGCGAGUUCGAAUUAGGAUCAAUGGCUUCUUUAAUCGUGAAAACAUUUGUUUGAUUCAGUUAAAAAGACGUGACGUGUAUAGACGUAGGGCCAAUUGCAUUGAUAAUGCACAAAAUACCUACAAAAAAUAUAUAAAACGUUGCGGAUUUAUCGUGCUCUGCGGUUUCUACUUCGUCUAAACAGGUCUUCAGAUUGUUCAAUAGUAAACGUGAAAACUGUAGAAUGAACUCUAUGAUUAUUGUAAUUAGUCUAUGUCGAAUGCGACAUAAUGAUGAAUUUGUGAAGUAUGCCGAUUUGCACUUUAUCGCAACGAUUAUAACGUUUGUUUUUCAUUGGUCUUAAAUUAUGUUUACCGGCUCAAUAGCUUAACUCAAGUUAAAAUGACGCCACUAUCGCAUGUCACAUACUAAAAAAAUGCUUAUAGGAAAUUGCAAUAGCGCGCGUCGUUUCAACUUAGUACAUACAAAUAUCUUACGAGAAUAAUUAGUUUAAAAAUGUUGAAAGGCUCACGGAAGUGUCCCGAGAUUGAGUGUGACCGUGAAGACGUACGUUCUCACUAAGCGCCGCACUCACUUUGCUUUCCGUUGCGUAACUAGAAAGAGAUGCAAAUAUACAAAAGAAAAUGUAAAGACUUCUUUUUCUGUUAUAUAGAUUCCUUUUUUGAACAAGUUGCGACAGAUUGCAAAGUGAGUAGACGUUUCAAACGCCGGUUCGAAUGAUGUACAUAUAGUGAAAUUCAAAUGAGCGCGCAGACUCACUGCUCCGCUUAGGCGAGACAGCGUUGCCACUCCGUCGUUUUACAUAGAUACUGCGUUGAUCUGUGGACGGAGUGCAGUGCGACUGAGCAGUGAGGCCGCCCUCGUAAGCGUUGUGUUCGACGAUAAUUGUUUUGUGAGAACGAGACCACUCUGUUCCCUGUACAGUCAAAUUGAAUACUGAAAAUAAAGAUCAGACUUUGUAUACUUAA